UGUCUGUCUGUCUUCUCUAGACUAUCCCAAUCUGGCAAAACAAGCCACAUGGGGCUGCUCGAAGUGUGGUCAGACGAAUUGGGACCAAUCUCCCCCUGAAGCCCUGUCCACGGGCAUCUUUUGAGACCCUGCCCAACAUCUCUGACCUGUGUUUGAAAGAUGUCCCUCCAGUCCCUACUCUGGCUGACAUUGCCUGGAUUGCUGCAGAUGAAGAGGAAACAUAUGCUCGGGUCAGGAGCGAUACACGCCCUCUGAGACAUACCUGGAAGCCUAGCCCUCUGAUUGUCAUGCAGCGUAAUGCCUCAGUGCCCAAUCUGCGUGGGUCUGAGGAGAGGCUCCUGGCCCUGAAGAAGCCAGCCCUGCCUGCCCUAAGCCGCACCACUGAGCUGCAGGAUGAACUAAGCCACCUCCGCAGCCAGAUUGCUAAAAUUGUGGCAGCAGAUGCAGCUUCGGCUUCAUUAACGCCAGAUUUCUUCUCUCCCGGAAGCUCAAAUGUCUCUUCCCCUUUGCCUUGCUUUGGAUCCUCACUCCACUCUACAACUUCCUUUGUCAUUAGUGACAUCACUGAGGAGACCGAGGUCGAGGUCCCUGAGCUUCCAACAGUCCCCCUGCUUUGUUCUGCCAGCCCUGAAUGUUGCAAACCAGAACACAAAACUACCUGCAGCUCGUCUGAAGAGGAUGACUGCAUCUCUCUGUCCAAGGCUAGCAGCUUUGCAGAUAUGAUGGGCAUCCUGAAGGAUUUUCACCGGAUAAAACAGAGCCAAGACCUGAGCCGGAGUUUACUGAAGGAAGAAGACCCUGCUGUCCUUAUCUCUGAGGUCCUCAGGAGGAAGUUUGCCCUGAAGGAAGAAGACAUCAGUAGAAAAGGAAACUGACAGCACUGACUGCAAACUGUCUCUUGCUCCUGAGCUCCUUCAAUAGCUGCCUUCCUCACAGCAGAUGUCUAUCUCAGAUCUGCAACGGUCUUGCUGACUCGGGCUUGGGCUGGAAGAGAAGAGCUGGAUUAUGUGUUGUUUCCUGCACUUAAACCUUGGCAGAAGCUGAGGUCUAUGGUUUUUUGAGAUGAGGCAAUUGUUACAGAUAAUUGGGUAGAGUGGAGUAUAUCUGCUUAAGGGGUGAAGUUUGUUUUUUCUUGUCUCUGAAAACUAAGCCCUCAAUGAAAGAAUUAACUCACUGCAUUAGACUCCAUUGGUCUCACCGGACACGUGCACAGCUGUCGCUCUCAGCAGCUUCCUUGUAGCGCCACUGGGCUAAGGGGGAGCGGCUGUUUAUGUUCAUGUUCACAGGAAGGUCUUCUGCUGCUCCAUCCUAGACCUGCCCUAGUGCCCAGCAGUCACCCUUCCCUCUAGCUACAGAGGCCAGGCCACUGGACCAGCCAACAUCUGGGCUGCUGCAGGGAGGCCUGACCUAUUUUUCUUAAACAUAUUUUAUAAAACUACAACCUGAUCUACCCUCCAGGGCCUCUUCAGUUCCGCUGAUAGAAAUUUCCUUAUUCCAUGGACUAAGUCCAUCUAGGAGGGAAAAAUGAGGGAGGGAAAGAGUGUGGCACCUCCUUCUAGGGCAGUGACUGAUCUCUCUGGGUUGGGCCAAGACUUUAUUUACUGCAUCAUGCAUGACUCACUCGGGCCCUCCGGGCCUCUUCUCUAUGGUAUGAAUACUGUGUGUGUGAGUCGAAGCAUUACCUGAUAUUAAAUGAAGGAUUUGGAGAAAUGGUG